AUGUGGGACGUUAGUUUUGUCAAUGGCGGUGGUAUUGUACUGAUUCUAGCGACGAUUUCCAGCGCAAAUGUUGCAGGUAUAACGCCAGAUAGUUUUAUAAGUCAAUUCAUUAUUGUUGCGACUGCGCAUUAAAUUGUGCCGGGAUUAAAACCAUAAAAUGAACAAAUGAGCGAAGCUUGUUUUUCACUUCAACCGUAUCGUAACGUACCGUAGCAUUUUCUUUCGUGUCGAAGUCAUUAUAGUUUCACACUAUCGCUCAGGAAACAAAGAAAUACGUUGCGUUUCGGUACGAUACGAUUGUCCCCCCAAAAGUCCCCUUUAGAAAUCACUCUUGUGCGUUAUUAUACCUUUGGGGAUUUAAUUUAAUUGAACAUGAACGGCGGAAGUAUUUACAACUUCCCUUCGCCCAUUUAAUUUAACCGGCAUUUCGGUUAGACUUUGCGUGUAAGUUGUAUACGUAUAAUUUGUUACGACAAAUACUCGUUGCUCUGUAGUCAGUUGAACCAUUCUUACUUGAACUGUCGGUGAAACGAAUUUGUAAUUUGAAUUUUUGUGUUGCUCUUCGUUUUAGAAGCUAUUUUAAAAUCCCAGAGGUAUAACAACGCACGUUUAACAACAAAAGUGAUUUCUGUAUAGGGGACUUUUUUGGGACACCCUGCUGUCCAGGCAGAACGGGGUCAUGUAAAUAGCGCCACUUAAUCACCAUGUCACCGACCAAAUGAAGAGCAUUAUUAUUAAAUUGGUAUUUUUCUUUCACUCUUACAGGUGAACAUCAUCUUCCAGACGUAAACAGGUACAAUAAUGUCCAUAAUAAUUUUUCCCAGGAUUGCAGUUACAAAAAUCUUGAGGUGACUCUGUAACUUGUUUAAAAAAAUUAAGUUUUACGUGAAAGAUGUCAUAUUGUAAAACUGCUUUAUUGCACAGGCUUUAGAGACCCAGUUCCACUCAAGAACAAUUUCCACGGACAGAAGAUUUUCCGAAAAUGUCCUUGUUAAAGUUGGAAAUUUUCGACUUCAAAAUUUUUUCCGACGCAAAGUUUGUGUCGGCCAAUCACAUUUUACAAUAUUUUUGCGGAAAAUUUUCCUGAUUGGAAAUUAAUCCAAAUACCAAGACCUACAUUUAAAAUUAUUAUACCUUACUGUCCGCUCAUUCUUUGUAUAGGACGUGCAUUCCUGCCGAAGCUGAACCAACGCUGAACUCAAGUUCGUGUUAUCCUUUGGUAAACUUUACCCGUCCUUUUUGUCAAAAUCAUGGAAUCAAUUUACCCAACUACGUGUAUCGGACGCCCUACGAUCAGAAUAGGAAAAACGAUGAUUUUAACAAGAUCAACGACGGAUUGGUGAGGCUGGGCGUAUCAAAAAUAAGCACCCUUUUAGAUGUGGACAUCAACACUGUGAGAAAGUGCGUGCAAAUUUCCGCCCGAUACUCAUUUGUCGUAAUCGUUUUCCGAGUUGUGAUCGAACCCAAAGUGUGUUUAAGGAGCAAACCAUAUGUCCUGAAUCGUGUCUUGAAUCUAUUCAUGUCUGCCAUAAAAUGUGGGAAAUUGUUGAGAGAUAUUAUACAAUUCGCUACCCGGAGAAAAAGAAGCUGUUCAAUUGUGAUCUACAACCGUAUAGAAAUGCUGGUCAUUCCCCAGAAUGCUGGUAUUUCAAUGGAUUCGCAAACUAUAUAGGUAACAUGGCGGACGAGCGAAGUAUCUUGAGCUUGUGGGAGAAUUUUAUCUGAAGAUGACCUAAUGUGUAAUAAUGAAACAGUUGGUGGUUUGCCCCAGGGGAAGGGGGUAUCGGGCGUACACACGGGAUUUGACAUUUAUCAUGGAAUUUUUGUAAAUUUUCCCAUUGUAGGGCAAAUUAUAUGGUCAAAGUAUGUCAAUUCUACUGCCUCAGGGGGCAGAUACCCAUUGGAAACUGACCAAGCGAAGCACCUCAGAAGUAAUAGCAAAAAGAACUUUCCAUACAAUUUCCAUCAUUCUUCUAACCAAAACAAUUUCAUUUGAUUUCAAAAAUGUCAUAAAAUAUGGACAUUUUCAUCAAGGUGGAAACCAAUCUCGUACCAGCUACCCCCUCCCCGCCCUUGAGCAAACGACUGACUGGUGAACAAUUGUAACCUGGCUUUUCCCGAUUGAUUACCAAUGUAAUGCUCAGUUGUGGAAGAAACAGGGGGUCUGGGAACCUCUCCCAAAAAAAUGUUUAUAUUUUAAAGUUCCGAUCCAUGCCUUAUUUCUGGUGUUCUCCACGCACAUCCCAGUAAAUCCAUUCCUGUAUCUUUGUUUGUUGUAAGUUGUACUGUAACUAGUUUUUGGUAAUUUCUAGAUACAUCUCCCGCUCCAGAAUGGGCUACAAACACAGGUAAGCAACCCGGAAAGCAGCCCGAAUCAAAUCGGAUACUGCAUUACAUGAAGUUAGUCAUCUACAAGCCUGGUAUUAAUGGCUGCGCCGCUAUAGUCUAAGGUCCAUUCGAAAAUUUGCUACCUGCACAAAAAUAAAAUUAAUCUGCAGACAUGAGCUACAGAAAUCGACUGUUCUUUCAACACCCCAAUAUGUUUUAGCUCCUCAGAGUGAGUAUUAACGUUUGUUAGUAUUAACGUUUUUGGAGUUGAACUCCAGUGGCCGGCUGUACAAACGCCAGAUAGCCCUAUUGUCCAUUGACUGGUAUAACUUAACAUUAAACUUUAGUAUAUAAAAAUUCAGGUAUCGCAAAACUGAGACUGUGUAUCCAGCCUAAUAAUCAUCUUUCCACACAGAUUGUCUUUACUUAAAUGGCAGCAGUUACCACGGCAACAUUUCAGUGACAGCCUCAGGUAUUCCGUGUCAAUCAUGGACAGAGCAAUGUCCACAUCGUCAUACCAUGAACGAUACAUAUCCAAAACUAAAUAACGCUAAGAAUUAUUGUCGAAAUCCUCAGAACUCAGGACAACGACCUUGGUGUUUUACUACAGAUAGGAACAAGAGAUGGGAGUACUGUGAUAUCCCUAAAUGUAUAUCAGGUAUGCGCUAAUAUUGUACUAUGAUAAAUCUAGAUGAAUACCAUCAGAGUUGAUGAGAAUUUUUUCCCGUUUGACCGGUAAUAUUAGUCAACUCUCAUCAUGCAAACUCUCACUUGUCAACUCUCAUCAACUCUUAUCCUCGUUUGACUGGGACAUGAAACAUGUAAUACUUUUCUGUCUUGUUUAGUUGAUGGUAACUACAGUAACUGGUCAUUAAACAAUACGUGCAAUGUAACUUGUGGUGAAGGUUAUGAUACAUUGAAACGAGAAUGUAACAACCCUGAACCAAAGUAUGGUGGAAGAAACUGCAGUCAUUUAGGAGAACCUGUUGAGUACAGACCAUGUCUGGCAAAGCCUUGCCCUGGUAAGUGA